ACCGCGAAACAGAAGGGCUCGGGAGAUAUCUUAGAGUAAUUUUCCAUAGUCUUUUGGGGUGCUUUUUCAGAUCUCUCCAUGGCCUCCUCACAUGUCUACCAUCCCAGAAUUGCACGACCUUUCCUUCUCGUUGUUUCUUCAUCUUCUUUCCUUUAAACUCUCGAGCAAAUAGUAUCAAUCCAGUUUCAGUGUUGCCUCCCUCAAAGAAACCCUAAUUUCCCUGAAACACCUGCGCCAUUCGACGUUCAUGUCGAGCGCUUCUCCGUGUAGCAACUGCGGCAAAACCUCCUUCAUCCGCGACGAUGUCUCCGGAGAUUUGGUGUGUUCAUCAUGCGGCGUCGUUCAACAAUUCGAUCAAUUCGACGCCCAAAUCGGCGGCAUUGAUGGUCCUCGAGGAACCUUCAUCAACGUUGGAACGGCCGGUUCAGGUAGCCUUUACUCCUACAGAGAUAGGAAACUGUUUACUGCACAAAACUCCAUUGACGAAUUAACGUUUAGGUUAGGGUUAACUUCGAAAAGCGUCGAUAUCAGAAACAUGAUAUCUACUAUCACGGAGGGUGAGUUCGGGCAAGGCAAUUGGUUUCAGGUGUUGAUUGGCGCGUGUGCCUACGUCGUUAUGCGAAGGGAUGAUCUACCUUUGCCCAUGGCUGAAAUUGCUUCCGCUGUUGAGUGUGAUGUGUACGAGCUUGGUAAAAUGAUCAUGCGAGUUGUUGAUUUUUUGGACUUGAAGAGUGAUUUUCCUGAGUUCGACUUAGUGCAUUCGUUGCAACGGACUCUUAAUAACUCUCCUAGUUUUGCCUCUGUUGAGAGGAGUAUAAUGGAGAGAAUGCGGAUGCAGGGGAUAUUUUUGAUGCAGUGUGCGGUGAAGUGGUUUUUGAGCACUGGUCGCAGGCCGAUUCCGUUGGUGGUUGCGGUUUUGGUUUUUGUGGCUGAAUUGAAUGAUGUUGAAGUGAGGAUGGAUGAUUUAGCCAAGGAGGUUCAUGCCAUGGUUUCCACUUGUAGAGCUAGGUACAAGGAGCUCCUUGAGGCACUUGUAAAAGUUGCACAAGUGUUGCCUUGGGGAAAGGAUAUCAAUACUAAAAACAUUGUUAAGAAUGCACCCUUUGUGAUUCAGUAUAUGGAGAGGAAGUCUAUGUCAAAGCCUGUUGACAAAGGGAAGAAUUUUGAUCAGCCUGGGCUGGAUUUGGCUGAUGUUGUUGCUGAAUGCUUGAGACAUGAUGAUGAAUUUGAAUAUGGGAUUGAUGGCAUAACAUCCCGAAAAGAUUCUCGGUAUUUUAUGUUAGAACAUAAUGCUGAUAAACAGGGGAUCAGGGAUGUUGACAAACUGCAGAUUUCACCUGAAUGCUUGUCCAUGGUGUAUGAGAACUUUUUGAAUGAGAAUCGUAAAGCUAAGUCUUCAGGAAGGAGUGACAAUACUCCAAAAAGGAGAAGGUUAUGGUUUGAUCUUCAAGAGUGUAGGGAGUGGUGGGAUGGGAAGUCAGAACUGAGCAAAAAGCUUGUACUUAAAAAAUUACUAGAGAAGGAUGUUGGAGUGGACACCAUGCCGCCAUCAUUUCUCACUGGUCAAUUGAAAUGUAAAAUGAGGCAAGAGAGGAUCAAUGCUGCUAAGGUGCGGAUUAAAAGAAUUAUGCAUCCGUUAGAUGCUGAUAUGGGUGAUACUGAGAAUCCUGACCUUCUAGAAAGCCCAUAUCCUGAGAGAAGAAGGAAGAAGAGAAGAGGAAUGGUAGUUGAUGAUAUUGAUUGGGAAGACUUAAUCAUUGAGACCCUUAUUCUUCAUCAAGUAAAAGAAGAGGAAAUUGAAAAGGGGCAUUACAAUACCUUACUUGAUCUACACGUGUUUAACACUGGAAUUGUAUGAGAAAGUAGAGAGGUUUCAAAUAUACAGGCAUACAGUCAUAUCGGGAGACGUUACGAGGAUCACAAGAAGUUUAUAUACCCAUCAUCAGUGCUAUUGAGAGUAAAUCCAAAGUGGGUUAUUUAGAGCUCUCUUGUCUCAACUGAUCGACUAUACAUGCGUAAUGUCAUAACCGUAUACCCUUCAUGGAUAUUGGAGGCUGCUCGUAACUUCUUCCCUGAUUUGCCUUAGGCAUUUAAACUGAGUCUGAGGCGAAGGAAAGAAAUUGUUAAUACUUCCUAUAUAUCAUUUCAUCAAAUCUUAGUUCAAAUAGAGCAAGAUUAACCCUUGAUGUGAGUAUAAAUGAUGUAAACUUCUUAUUUCUCAUGUAAAGUGGAUACUUUCUCAAGGUUAUUGGAAAUUUUUUGUUCCAUCAUACCCCUCAUGGCUGGCUAAUCGCUAGAUACAGGUCUCAAUGUUUAUAGCUGCUGUAAUUCUUUGUUUAAGGAUCAGGAACAAAAAGGUUUAUUUUAUUAAAAUCGUUUAAACUCUACUGCUUUCUUGUUUGUACUCUUGGAAAGGCUUGAAAAAUGAAAUUCUUUCUUCUUUUUUAACCG